ACACAGUAAACACAAACAGAAAUGGAUAGUGUUGUAGAGAAAAAUAAAGAUAAAGUUGCAGAAACAGAAGCAUAGCUCUGCAACACUCAUUCUUGAGCACCUAAAUCCUCACCACCACUGCCAACAAUGGCUUCCACAAUCUCAUUCUUUUCUUCUUCAAUCUUCUUAUCCUCUCCAACUCAAAACCCUAAAUUCAUCUCAUCCUCCAUAAAACCCAAUUCCUUAAAAUCCCAAACAAUAAACCCUAGACUCAAAAUCAGUGCAAAAGUAGCAACUCUUCCAGUUCUUUCAUUCGAUGGUGACAAAGUUGGAGAAACAUCAAUCAACUUGAAAUCAGCACCACCAGAAACAGCAAGAGCUGUUGUUCAUAGAGGUAUUAUCACUGACCAACAAAACAAGAGAAGAGGAACAGCUUCAACUCUAACUAGAGCUGAAGUUCGUGGUGGUGGUAGAAAACCAUACCCACAGAAGAAAACUGGUAGAGCUAGACGUGGUUCACAAAGAACACCGCUUAGACCUGGUGGUGGUGUUGUUUUUGGUCCUAGACCAAGAGAUUGGAGUAUCAAAAUCAAUCGAAAGGAGAAAAGAUUGGCGAUAUCCACUGCGUUAUCUAGUGCUACAGUGAAUGCUGUUGUGGUUGAAGAUUUCGGGGAGAAAUUUGAGAAGCCUAAUACCAAGGAGUUCAUUGGAGCAAUGAAGAGAUGGGGUUUGGAUCCUAAAGAGAAAUGUAUGUUUUUGAUGACUGAAGUUUCAGAUAAUGUGAGAUUGUCUAGUAGGAAUAUCAGAACAUUGAAAGUGUUGACACCAAGAACUUUGAAUUUGUUUGAUAUUUUGAAUUCUGAUAAGCUUGUGCUUACUCAACCUUCUGUUGAUUAUUUGAACAAAAUGUAUGAACCUGAGUAUGACACUGACGAUGAGGAAGACUAUUUCGAGGAAGAGGAUGGAGAAGGAGCUGUUGAAGAAGAUGAAGUUGAAGCAUCUGAUGAAGUGGAGUGAUUAUGUCCCUUCUGAAGACAUUUGCAAUCAAUAGGUCUACUUUAAUUCGUUUACGCCACUGACGAAAAGAAAUAGAGAGAAAGAGCCUUCUUCAGUAAACUACUAGUCGCCUGAUAAUCAUUUUUUUUCUUCUUUUCAAGGCAUGUUUAUUACCAAUCUUGUGGAACUCUUUUGUAAUUUUGUUGUGCAUUUGAUUUGUACAAUCUUAAGACAUUUUCUCUUCUAUGUAAUAUAUAGCUGUUAUGGUGAUAUAUUAGGUGAAGUUACUGCUGUUUGAUUC